AUGGAACAUCGAAACGCAUCAACACCGCGACAAGUUGCCUGGGAGAAGAAUCGAGGCGGCGAGGAAGACAACGACGACGAUAUGAAUCUCACUCUUGAAGAAGCGUCGCAGUCCCUUCUCUCCGCCCACAACACCAAACCCUCUCACCAAAAACACCAACAAACCCAGCCCAACCACCACCGACGACGAUUCACAGCCACCUACACCCGCCUCGCCCUCCUCCUAGGCGCCUCCCUCCUUCUAGGCGCCGCCCUCUCAGCCCUCAUAACCACCGCUCUGGCAACGCGCAUCCGAGCCCUCCACGCCUCCCACCGAAACGACAACACCCUCGCCUCCUCCUCCUCCUCCUCCUCCUCUUCCGCAAAAGACGACCCCUCCACCCGCCCAGUAUCCUACCUCCAACAAGCCCCCUGCGGCUCCACCCCCACCCAAGCCCGCGCCGCCGGCUGCGAAUUCGACCUCAUAAGCUUCAACUGGCUCCCAUCUCAAUGCCACGACGCCGCCCUCGCAGCAACCUUUGAAGCGGAACUCGUCGAGGCGGGACAGCUCGCCUGGUUCGAGGACGCAAACCGCACGCGGCCUUCGCUUACGAGAGAGCAGAUCAUGACGGGGGAGUAUACGGGUGUGUACGUUAGUCUGGGAUACCACUUGCGUCACUGCACGGCCAUGUGGAAGCGGAUGCACCGCGCGCUGAUGCAGAGUCAGGGCGGGAACGGCGGCGGCGGCGGCGGCGGCGGCGGGCUGGAGAGGGUCGAUAGCUAUAUCUGGAGUUAUCACCACACGCGGCACUGCGAGGAGGUGCUGCUGACGAGGUAUGCAGAGGCCGAUGUCGGGGAGGUCUUCACGACUGAGGUGAGGAUUAAGUAUCCUGAUUGCGGCGUCGUCUUGGGGCCCGCAGAUUGA